GGGCGGCAGUGAGUCUUCAGCAUCAGGCAUUUCGGGGUGACUCAGUAAAUGGUAGAACUACCAUUGCUACCAGUGGAACACCCACUGAGAAUUCUGCAGUGACAGCAGAGGGCCAGCAGCGUGGUGCUCUCCCAGAGAGUGACUCACACCGCCCCCUCCACCUUGGACCCAGGACACUGUGGUUUCUGAGCCAGCCUCCCCCGUUGCCCCUCUGCAGCCACUGCUUAAAUACGGAGGAGGACAGGGCUCUGUCUCCUCAACCUCAGGCACCAUCGCUGACCUGGGACAGUGAAUCGACAAUGCCAUCCUCUGUCUCGUGGGGCGUCCUCCUGCUGGCAGGCCUGUGCUGCCUGGUCCCCGGCUCCCUGGCUGAGGAUCCCCAGGGAGAUGCUGCCCAGAAGAUGGAUACAUCCCACCAUGAUCAUGACCACCAAACCCACAACAAGAUCGCCCCCAACCUGGCUGAGUUCACCCUCCGCCUAUACCGCCAGCUGGCGCACCAGUCCAACACCACCAACAUCUUCUUCUCCCCAAUGAGCAUCGCGACAGCCUUUGCAAUGCUCUCCCUGGGGACCAAGGCUGACACUCACACCGAAAUCCUGGAGGGCCUGAAUUUCAACCUAACGGAGACUCCGGAGGCUCAGGUCCAUGAAGGCUUCCAGGAACUCCUCCGUACCCUCAACCAGCCAGACAGCCAGCUCCAGCUGACCACUGGCAAUGGCCUGUUCCUCAAUGAGAGCCUGAAGCUAGUGGAUAAGUUUUUGGAGGAUGUCAAAAAGCUGUACCACUCGGAAGCCUUCUCUGUCAACUUCAGGGACCCUGAAAAGGCCAAGAAGCAGAUCAACGACUAUGUGGAGAAGGGAACCCAAGGGAAAAUUGUGGAUUUGGUCAAGGAGCUUGACGAAGACACGGCUUUUGCUCUGGUGAAUUACAUCUUCUUUAAAGGCAAAUGGGAGAGACCCUUUGAGGUCAAGAACACCGAGGAAGAGGACUUCCACAUAGACCAGGUGACCAGUGUGAAGGUGCCCAUGAUGAGGCGUUUGGGCAUGUUUAACAUCCACCACUGUGAUAAGCUGGAGGGCUGGGUGCUGCUGAUGAAAUACCUGGGCAAUGCCACCGCCCUCUUCUUCCUGCCUGAUGAUGGGAAACUACAGCACCUGGAAAAUGAACUCACCCACGAUGUCAUCUCCAAAUCCCUGGAAGCUGAAACCAGAAGAUCUGUCUAUUUACAUUUACCCAAACUGUCCAUUACUGGAACCUACGAUCUGAAGACAGUCCUGGCUCAACUGGGCAUCACUAAGGUCUUCAGCAAUGGGGCUGACCUCUCGGGGGUCACGAAGGAGGUACCCCUGAAGCUCUCCAAGGCUGUGCAUAAGGCUGUGCUGACCAUGGAUGAGAAAGGGACUGAAGCUGCUGGGACCACGAUCUUUGAGGCCAUACCCAUGUCUAUGCCCCCUGAGGUCAAGUUCAACAAACCCUUCAUCUUCUUAAUGUUUGAACAAAAUACUAAGUCUCCCCUCUUCAUGGGAAAAGUGGUAAAUCCCACCCAAAAAUAACUGCCUCUCACUCCUCAGCCCCUCCCCUCUCUCCUUAGCCCUCUCCCUCAGUGACAUUAAAGAAGGGCUGAGCCAGCCCCGCCUGAGUGUGACUGCAAA